ACUCAAAACCAGAACCAGAACCAGAACCAAAACCACUACUGUGUUCCAAAAAAGCCAAAUUCAAACGCACCGAACAGAAGUGAAUGGAACAUUAAAUAAUCUCAUCACUUCAAAGAUGCUUCCCAAUUGCAUCAUUUCUAGAAUAGUAAUGUCAAGAAACAUGACUUGUUUUUCUAUUUCUUGAGCAAAAAGCCAAAGCUAUAUAAUAUCCCAUACAAUAAACAGUUGUUGUUUCCAUUUUCCCCUGUCUUUGCACAUGGUUUCCAUUUUCCAAUACCAACCAACCAACAUGGUUCCACUUCAAACCCCUUCAUAAACCCCCUCACUCCUUUCCCAUUCCACACCAACACAAAAACAUUCAGAUCAUAAUCAAAACCGCCACAAUCAUCAAUGGAAACCGCCACUCAACUCACCUCACCUCCUCCACCCUCCGCCUUCGACGGCACGCUCGGCCACCACCUCGCUCGCCGCCUCGUCGAGAUCGGCGUCAGGGACGUCUUCUCCGUUCCCGGCGACUUCAACUUAACUCUCCUCGACCACCUCAUCGGCGAGCCUCAGCUCAACGUCAUCGGCUGCUGCAACGAGCUUAACGCCGGCUACGCCGCCGACGGCUACGCUCGUGCUAAGGGUGUUGGCGCCUGCGUCGUCACCUUCACCGUCGGUGGUCUCAGCGUCCUCAACGCCAUCGCCGGAGCUUACAGUGAGAAUCUUCCCGUGAUUUGCAUAGUUGGGGGACCGAAUUCCAACGACUACGGUACUAACCGGAUCCUCCAUCACACCAUCGGGUUACCCGAUUUCUCACAGGAGCUACGAUGCUUUCAGACUGUCACGUGUUUCCAGGCUGUGGUGAAUAACUUGGAAGAUGCACAUGAGCUUCUGGAUACUGCAAUUUCUACUGCUUUGAAAGAGAGCAAGCCUGUUUACAUCAGCAUUAGUUGUAAUCUUCCUGCAAUUCAUCAUCCAACUUUUGCUAGAGACCCAGUUCCAUUUUUUCUUUCUCCAAAGGUAAGCAAUCAGGAAGGAUUAGAAGCAGCAGUGGAAGUAGCAGCUGCUUUUCUCAACAAAGCUGUGAAGCCAGUCAUUGUGGGUGGUCCAAAACUAAGGGCACCAAAGGCACAAAAGGCUUUUCUAGAGUUUGCAGAAGCAAGUGGAUAUGCAAUAGCUGUUAUGCCAUCUGGGAAGGGAUUUGUGCCUGAGGAUCAUCCACAUUUUAUUGGGACAUACUGGGGUGCUGUCAGUACUGGCUAUUGUGGGGAGAUAGUUGAGUCUGCUGAUGCUUAUAUUUUUGUUGGCCCAAUCUUCAAUGACUAUAGCUCCGUUGGAUACUCAUUGUUGGUAAAGAAGGAGAAAGCCAUCAUGGUGCAGCCUAAUCGGGUCACCAUUGGCAAUGGCCCUUCCUUGGGCUGGGUUUUCAUGGCUGAUUUCUUAACUGCAUUGUCUAAGAAGGUGAAGACCAACAAAGCAGCUAUGGAGAAUUACCAACGUAUCUUUGUUCCACCCGGUAUUGCUCUGACACGAGAGAAGGGUGAACCUCUUAGAGUUAAUGUUCUGUUCAAGCACAUUCAGGCAAUGCUAAGUGGAGAUAGUGCUGUAAUUGCUGAAACUGGAGACUCAUGGUUCAAUUGUCAGAAACUCCGACUGCCUGCGAAUUGUGGUUAUGAAUUCCAGAUGCAGUAUGGAUCUAUUGGUUGGUCAGUAGGCGCUACACUUGGAUAUGCACAGGCUGCAACAAAUAAGCGUGUAAUUGCUUGCAUUGGUGAUGGCAGUUUUCAGGUGACAGCACAGGAUAUUUCAACCAUGAUCCGCUGUGAACAGAAGACCAUCAUCUUCCUCAUCAAUAAUGGAGGUUAUACAAUUGAAGUUGAGAUUCACGAUGGCCCAUACAAUGUAAUCAAGAAUUGGGACUACACUCGCUUUGUUGAAGCCAUCAAUAAUGGACAAGGCAAAUGCUGGACUGCCAAGGUACGUACAGAGGAUGAUCUAACAGAAGCAAUUGCAGCUGCCACUGGACCACAGAAAGAUUCACUUUGUUUUAUAGAAGUUUUUGUGCACAAGGAUGAUACCAGCAAAGAGUUACUAGAAUGGGGAUCACGUGUAGCUGCUGCUAACGGCCGUCCUCCUAAUCCUCAAUAAACAAAUCAUUUCCAACAAAAUUAUAGUAAUUUGGAUGUUUCCACCGGAGGGAAUGUACAGAAGAGAUGAUAAAUAAGUUGGAAUAAAAGCUUGAUUUUUCAGAUUCCCCUGGGUUUGCUCUGUUGUAAAACAUGAACAAUUGUUGAUUGAUUCAAUCAACAGUCAACACAUAGCCAUUGUAUGUAAAUUUGACUGCUAUGAAUUAUGAUGAUACCUAUUCUAUAAGAUGGACUCAGAUUUUUGUC